UCUCUGUCGGUGUCGGUCGUGUGCCCGUUAACGGACCCCCGCUCAGGACCCCCGGGAUUCACCCUCUCGGGACCCCGUAGAAACAAGAUGGCGGCCGCGGACAGCAGGCCGUUCGCCGGGCUGUCGGACGUGUCGGUGCCGGAGGACGUCCCGGUGGAGGGGGACAUCUCGGUGCCGCUCGGCUCCUCCGCCGGGCGGGACGACGAGUUCUCCACGCUGGACGAGCCUGUGCGGGAGACGGUGCUGCGGGACCUGCGGGCCGUGGGGAAGAAGUUCGUGCACGUGCUGUACCCGCAGCGCAGCGCGGCCCUGCUGCGGGACUGGGACCUGUGGGGCCCGCUGCUGCUCUGCGUGGCGCUGGCGCUGCUGCUCAGGGGGGCCGCAGACACGGAGGAGACACAGGGGGGCCCGCAGUUCGCUGAGGUCUUCGUCAUCGUCUGGUUCGGGUCCCUCAUCAUCACCCUCAACUCCAAGCUGCUGGGCGGCACCAUCUCCUUCUUCCAGAGCCUCUGCGUGUUGGGAUACUGCAUCAUGCCUCUGACGGUGGCCAUGGCCGUGUGCCGGAUCGUCCUGGUCGCCGGCUCGGGGACGGUCAGCUUCGCCGUGCGGCUGGUGGUGGUGACGGCGUCAUUCGGCUGGUCCACCUUCGCCUCCACGGCCUUCCUCGCCGACAGCCAGCCGGCCAACCGCAAGGCGCUGGUGGUGUACCCGGUGUUCCUCUUCUACUUCGUGAUCGGGUGGAUUGUCCUGACGUUCUCGCCGUCAGAGUAGAAGAGAAAACAAAAGGAAGUGUUUGUUCAAUGGACAGAAGAUGAGGGAGGUUUUUUUUGUGGAGUGAAAGAACUCAAACAGACACCGGUUUCUGCCUUGGAACGAAGACGAGUGACUACUGAAGUGACUGAGUGUUUUUGAUGAAGCAUUCAGACUCAUGGGGGAAAAAAGAAUCCCUUUCAGGCAAAGCAACGGCUCCUACUCAGAUCCAAGAAGUCCGGUGGUCGCUGUGCUGCAGAUGGAGGGUUAAGAAGCUGAUGAAUAUGUCCACAUUUAUGAGCUUUGUAAAACUAAAGUCCAUAGGCUUGUAUAUAAAAAAUGCUCUAUGAAUGUUGGAACUAACAGGGCUUUGGUUAUUAUUAUUAUUAUUAUUAUUUUCCUCCUGGUCUCUCUGGGUGUGUUGGUAACUAAUAAACAUCCUCAGCUUUCAUUUCCACACUACAUUCUUUACUUUUAAUCAUUUAGUAGAUGCUUUUAUGCAGCUAAAUGUAGUUCUACGUCUACUUGUCCUUAUCCAGCAUAUUUCUUUUAGUAUUUUGGUUUGUGUUUUUGUCUUUUAUUUGACGGAUGACUGGUGUUGACAUGCAACAAAGUUCUCCCGCCAGACUUGGGUAGGGAACCGAGAGAGCUCUCUACAGCCAGUUAGCUUAGCUUAGCAUAAACGGGGGAAACAGCAAGUCUGGCUCUGUUCGCCUGUAACAAAAUCCACCUAUCUAAAUCUCUAAAUAAUUAACACCUUAUGUGUUCUUUUGAAAGUGUUGAAACAAAACUUCUUCUUUACAUUUUAUGAGGGGUUAAUCACCAGAAGGUGUGGAUACUGGGAGCAUUCUUACGGCAAGGAAGGGAAUAAAUGCAUAUCCAAAAAUGUCAAACUUUUUCUUUAAGGGCUGGACACUUUGACCAGGUGUGCGUGUGUUCUGUUUAAACUUCACUGUGGGUCUGCACAGGUGGACGUGUUGACAUAUGUAGGUUGGUGGGUAACGUCUUUUGCACACAUUGGCAGAGGGUGAAUUUUAUCAGCAAAUAGAUGCAGAGACAAAAGUUUGGAUUUAAUACGUGAAAACAUAGUAACUCAAUCUGAUUAUCAGGUUAUUUCCUCCUAAACACAGUCAUGUCUUCUGUUCUUUCUGCGUUGUGUUCACGCGCAACUUUCAUUUUUUUUAUUAAUUGUUACAAUAGUCAGCUGUUUGUCUGUGCUGGUUCUUUGGUUUGUGUGGGUCAUUAAAUUGUGGGAGAUUUGAAAAUAAACUGAAGUCUCUUGGCUGCAGAAACUGCAAAGUAUGGUUAAAGAAGUCAAGUUUAGAGGAGAAGAUUUAGGAGAGUUAUGAGAUGCAUUUUUAAACACAGACUCGAUUAGUUUGUGUCUUUUUCCGGUAGAUAACUGACAAACUGAACCAACAACAAAUGUCUCAACCGGUUUUAGCUGACAGUCCCUCAGAGUUAAAGAGCGAGAGCUUCUUAACUGAACCACCCGUUUACAUGGACGUUAAACAAUCCUACAGGAGAAAUGAUUUGUGUAUGAACAAGAAAAAGGAAAACAAUGUGUGUGUGGUGGUUUAAAGUGAGGGAUGAUGACUUUAAUGCUCACUGCAGAAGUAAGACAGCAUGCUGGGAAAUGUAGGAAAUCACUGACUGAUUUAAAGGCCAAUGCAGCAGUUUGAGGAAAGUGGGAUCAAAAAAUUGUAACACUUCAUUAUAGAAAAUAAUUGUAAAUGUCAAAGUAAUGUGAAAUCUCACUCUGCUUCUCCUGUCUGAUGCUUCCUGUUCAGGUUGAUUUUUCCAACUUCUACUAACCUUCCCUAAUGACCUUUGACCCCUGCUCUGUCGACAGGUUAACCUGUUCUUUAUGUUCUCGCAAAUCCCUGGGGCUUUCUUUGAUUUCUUUUAAUUUAUAUGUAUUCAGUGGCAUCAACAAAUGAGAAAGAUUAAAAUAUAUUUCAUCA